UUGAGAAUGGACUGAUCAUCAUUUGUUGAACAGUGAACACCACCAAGGACGGUAACCAAACGGUAACAGCGAGUUCAUUUUUACGACAGCGUUCAGGACGGCCGACACAUUAUUCAACGGAAAAUGAAUUCAAGACGCGCUAGGAUUGCAGAUACAGAGAACUAUGGCUCGGACUCAGGUGGUGACACCGAACCAGAUACACCAAGACCCACACACCGACAGGGCAGCAAGAAACGGAUCAGCGAUGUCUAUGGCGGUGAGAAUGAUGCACAGUCUGAAUCUGGACGCCCUCCCCUAAGGGCGGUCAACAUCAAUGACGACGCUGCUGAGAAGCGCAGGCGGAGGAAGAGCAAUAAGCUAGCUGUCAUUGAAAACGCGGAAGCGGGGCCUUCGACAGAGCGUCAAGAUCAGGCAGAGUCUUCUAAGGCUGCACAGGCGAAGCAGAAGCAGCAACAGCUCACCUCUGUAGCCCCGCCUCCUGUUAUCAACGUACCCCUAGACGUCAUGAGCUCCAACUUUGAGGAAUGGAUGAAAAUGGCGACGGACAAUAAAAUCAACGCUGCGAACUCAUGGAACUUCGCACUGAUUGAUUACUUCCACGACAUGUCGCUACUCCGAAAUAACAUCGACAAUUCCAUCAACUUCCAGCGCGCUUCAUGUACGCUUGACGGCUGCGUUAAAAUUUGGACUAGUCGCGUCGACUCCGUUGGCACAGAAACAGGCAAGCUGCUCAGCAAUCUUGCCAACGAAGGCAUGGUUGGCGCAGAAGACGAUGAAGCCUUGUCCGACAACCCUGAUAGUCAAGACCCGACGCAGGCGAAGAAAAAGAAGAAAUCGCAUCGCCCCGACUCUACGCUUGCUAAAGAUGCCUCACAGCUCCGGAGCAAGAAGCUGGAUCUCGAGUUCCGCGUCGACCCCCUUUUCCGCAAAACUUGUGCAGACUUUGACGAGGGUGGUGCACAGGGCUUGCUAAUGAAUCACCUCAGUUUGGGGGUUGGAAGUGAUGGUGGUAUGCGCGUCGUUUUUGACGCGAGUGACUCUAUGGGCCGACCCGCAGAAGAUGUGGACAUCAGUUACCUACGAAAUCAAUUUUUGCCUGACUUGGAUAUUCUCGAAGAUAAGGCGAUCUCCCAUUCGCUGGUCACCUUCUCGUUUGCCAAAGACAGCAACCACACAUUUGACGACUCUCUCUACCGUGAUGAUACAGUCGAUAAUAAAGCUGAUGAUGACGACGGCGACGAUGUGGGCUUCGGAGACUACGGCGCAAAUGAUCCACCCAUGGACGUGGAUGGUGGCCAGGACUUCUUCCAGGGCGACCAAGCUGUCGAUGAUGAUUAUGACGGUGGGGAUGCUUUUGGUGGGGGUGACUAUGGGGGUGGCGAGAAUGGAUCGGUCGGCGCCGAAGGUGAUCAACGACAUGCGGCACGACCAGGAGGCGCAUUUCUUCCUUUCGACCCACGACGUGCACCGAAUGAGCCAGAUCGUGUGGUGGCCAUUACGGACGCGGACGGAGAAAACGCGAUGAUGGGCUACUUUGAUCAGAACCUCAUGAAAAACUGGGCAGGUCCUGAGCACUGGAAGCUGAGAAAAGUGGUCCGGAAACCAGAAGCUGACGCUCCGAAACCCCGGCGAGAGAAGAAGGAAGCAUUUAAGAUCGACUUCCUGACGCCCGCCGAGAAAGACAUCAAGACAAUUGCAAAUGAGAUGUUUGCAAAAGUCACGCGGGGGGCUGGUAUUACUUUGCCCAGUUAUGGAGGUUCAAAGACUGGCAAAAAGGCUCGGGGCAGCCGUAAAGCAAAGGAGGAGAAACGUGAUGAACAUACUCUUCCUGAUGACAUGCACUUCUCAAGCAGGCAGCUCGUUACCCUUUUCCUGAAGCCCAAAUUCUCAUUGAAGAUGCGUGGACAACCUGUCAGAUUUAAUGAAAACGGCGACGGAGAGGUUGACGAACAAUUUUGGGCACAGGCCGCGGCGAACCAAGCUGCAGGUCGUGCUGCAGCUGACAAUGAUGAAACCGGUGAUGGACUGAAUAUACCCUUCAAUACCCAGUUCUUCGACAAUGACUAUGAUGACGGCCCGGGCUUUGAUGACGGUUUUGACGGCGACGGUGCAGCACUGGAGGACUCUGGGGAGCAAGAUCUCUUGGCUGCAACACAAGGUCAGACGCGGCGGGUUCGACCAGAAUUCGUCAAUUAUGCCAAGCGUGCCAAACGGGUAGACGUGAGGAAGCUGAAAGAAAAUAUAUGGAAGGGCUUGGACAUUAAGGUCGGGAAACCGAAGGAGGACGACGAAGAGGACGAUAUGGAUGUUGAUGACUCGCCUCUCACUAACCCUGCCGAACAUAGGGUUUUCAGCUCAGUGAUAUCCGGAUUACAGAAAUCGUAUCCGAAGGACAAGAUGGAAGAGAUCAGCACGAGCUUCUGCUUCAUAUGUCUAUUGCACCUUGCUAAUGAGCAGGGACUGAAGCUACAGACUUCUCCCGACUGCCAGCUAGACGAGGAGGUUGAAGCUGAGAAUACAGCCAUGGACUCUGAAGACAGAGACAAAGUGGGAGAUAUAUGGAGUUUGAAAGUAUUUAGGGACCCAGAUGCCACCCCUGCUGCUUAACUGUAAUCGAUCGACGUAGUUACUUCCCUUGGCCCGCCAUCGACUUAUCGAUAUUUUUAUUUCCAUCUGUUACUACACCAUUUCUGUGUUGUUCUUGCUUUCUCUUAUAAAUAUCGGUUUAAGCACAUAAUAAUCUGUUGUAUACCGCCGAAUGGACGAGA